CCGAGUACAUAUACAUCUUCAUCUAUGCUUCUAUAGAUCGGGAAAACGUGCGCAAAAGAAAGUCAGAGCUACCAUCCAAGCGCUGCUGACCUGCCCGAACCACGUCGUCGAAGCAACGUCCCACCAUGUCGCAACAACAGCCAACCGUGGAAGCAGCCAACGAGGCCGCCAAGGGUGGCAACACGGCCCAAGCAGAGGCCAUCCUGAAGCAAAUCCUCGACAAAAAGCCAGAAAAGCAAGAUGAAGAGCUGCUGCGGGAACAGGAGGCGGCACUGCUUCGGCUAGGAGAGCUGUACCGGGAUGAAAAGAAUGCGCAGGCGCUGGCGGACACAGUGCGAUCUUCGCGGACAUUGAUGACUUCCAUCGCCAAAGCGAAGACAGCGAAGCUCAUCCGCCAGCUAAUCGAUUUGUUUUCGGACAUUCCUGACGGCAAGCAGAUUCAAAUAGUCGUUACCAAAGAGAACGUGGAAUGGGCAAAGAGCGAAAAGCGGAUCUUCUUAAAGCAGAGCUUAGAGACCAAGCUGAUCGGCUUAUACUUCGAGAAUCGCAAUUUCCGGGAAGCGCUACCACUGAUCAACGAAUUGCUUAAGGAGCUCAAGAAGCUCGACGACAAAAUGAUCUUGACCGAGGUGCACUUGCUAGAGUCCCGAGUCAAUCAUGCCAUCUCAAAUUUCCCGAAAGCAAAAGCAGCGUUGACAUCAGCGCGGACAGCAGCCAAUUCGAUCUACUGCCCACCACUCUUGCAAGCACAGCUUGACUUGCAGAGCGGAGUCUUACACGCAGAGGACAAGGACUACAAGACGGCAUAUUCGUACUUUUUCGAGACGAUGGAAGGAUUUUCUGGGCAAGAGGAUCCGCGCGCGCCAGCAGCUCUGAAGUACAUGCUUCUAUGUAAGAUCAUGUUGAAUCUGCCCGACGACGUAAACGCUAUCAUCCAGGGUAAAGCCGCGCAGAAAUUCUCGGGGAGAGACGUGGAGGCGAUGAGUAAGGUGGCAAAAGCGCACGAGGAGAGGAGCUUGGAAAACUUUGAGCAAGCAUUGAAGGAUUACAAGGAGGAGCUUUCGAACGAUCCGAUCAUCCGCAACCAUCUCGCUGCUUUAUACGACACGCUGCUAGAGCAGAACCUGCUACGAAUCGUCGAACCAUACUCGCGGGUCGAGAUCAGCUACGUCGCCGAGCGUGUGCGUCAACCGGUGCGGGAGGUAGAGACCAAGCUCAGCCAGAUGAUUCUCGACAAGGCUUUCCACGGCAUUCUCGAUCAAGGCAAUGGCUGCCUUGUCAUUUUCGACGAGCCGUCCCAAGACAAAAUCUAUGAGGCGACGAUUGAGACACUCAAACACGUUGGCGACGUCGUAGAGUCACUCGGAAAGAAGGCGAACAAGCUAGGAUGAUCCGCACCGGUGUCGGUCCAGCAUCACAAUGUAUCCUAGCCACUGCAUCGCACGACCGAAGCUGAAGUUGGGGUGACCUAG